UCUCAAAGGCCUAAAUAAAACCAGAUGUCUCAUGACAUGAGUGGAAAUGAAAACCUACUUGGGGGGCCAGUGGCACAUGCAGUCCAGUGGCACAGGUGUGACCAGCCAAACAGAAUUUUCAAGAACCCAAACCAUCUUGGAGAGGGUGUCCACCUUGUUUUUAGCCCAUCAUUUUUUUUGUGCUUCGGGACAGGUACAAACAAGGUCAUCAUGACUGAUGAGAUGCCAAAAGUUGAAGUCUAUGGCAUCUUCAUCAAUGGGAAGGCGAAAGGUCUUGUAAGCACAGAAAUGAAAGACAAAGUCAAGCACCUGCGCCUGGAGAUGACAAACCAGGGCUGUGAGUUUGCUGGAUGCUUGUUCAAAGCGUCAGAUGGCCAGGUCAUCCCCGAGAACAUGGAAGCGUACAUUCCAAUGAAGGAAGUGCUACAUCCUUACAAGAGCAAGCUUGUUCUUCAGAUGACCAAGAAAGACAACGUUGUACUUGUAGAGGACCCAUACCACUUUCCUGAUGGAGAGGACAGCAUCACCAGUGACAUGGAGAUGUCUGGAGAGAAGAAGGAGGAGAGCAUCACCAGUGACAUGGAGAUGUCUGGAGAGAAGAAGGAGGAGAGCAUCACCAGUGACAUGGAGAUGUCUGGAGAGAAGAAGGAGGAGAGCAUCACCAGGGACACCACAAAGAAGUAUUCCAUCUUCACAUCAGGUGCAAAGUGGACGUCCAGACACAAAUACUCACCUGAUCAAAUUGCUAGAGUUCCAGAUGGAAUGAAGCGCUACUAUGAAUUCUGGAAUAAGACGGCAGAAGAGAGAAGCAUGGCGGGAUAUGCAGGAUGGGAACUAAAGAAGAGGAUUGAUAAAAAGUGGAAACUGCACCAAAAAAACACUGCUGCUGCCACUGCCACCGCCACCAAAGCCGCCACCAAAGCCACACCACUACUAGACAAGUUGCCAGCCCUAAAAGCUGCAACUAAGCCAGGCAAGGAGCCAUAUGUUGAACUGGCUCUGGCAAAGUAUGUGGGGUCGGACAAGUGCAAGCAAGAGUUGGAUGACGCGAUGAAUAGAAUCAGGAGGCGGCACAUAAAUUACGAUGCUGUGCCAGCUGGUCAGAGCCCAGCAGAGUUUAUCAAGGCCCAGCUGGCAAACCUUUAGCUUGAAAGACUGCAUAUACAGUAUGCUUAUUGAUGCACAUGGGUCUUUCUUAUUUAGUUUUUUUGUUAGUUUUACAGCCAGAAUGCUUUGUUGGCAACUAGCUGCAUCAAUACACAUCCAACAAUACACACCCAGAUGACUUAUUGUGGCCCGCAAUCAGAUGGAUUUCAUAUGUUACCUUUGAAAAUACAGCAUCUAUUACAAUAUUGUCAGUAGAAUUUUUUCAUUAAUUAUCAACAGACUCAAUGAUCCAUGAGAAUGUCUGAUUUUUGUUACAUUUGUACAACACUUGAUAAAUUGUGUGAUAAACAUUGAUGCAAUAUUCACGUUAAAAAUUGUGCCCAAACUGAUAUUUGAUAUACUGAUAUAUUGUUGAUGAUAAAAUGAUAUUUGAUAUAUUGAUAUAUUGUUGAUGAUAUUUGAUAUAUUGAUAUAUUGUUGAUGAUAAAAUGAUAUUUGAUAUAUUGUUUUUGUAAUAAUUGUCAAAAUAUCAUUUUCUUUACUUUUCCAUGGGUGCUUUUUGGUGCAUUUGUGUUUUUCUGAUGCACAAGUAGUAUAACAUCAUCAAUCAAUGGUGAUUUCAGAAAAACACUGCUGUUUGGUGAAGAUUGGGCACUAUUUUUGACCUGAAUAUUGCAUCAAUGUCUAUCACACAAUUUGUAAAGUUGUAGGAAAGUAACAGAAAUCAAAACGUUCUCAUGGACUAAUUGAGUAUGUUGACAAUUCAAGAAGUUAAAAUGUUACUGACAAUAUUGUACUAGAUGCUGUAUUUUCAAAAGGUAACAUAAGAAAUCCAUAUGACUGUGGGCCACAGUAAGCCAUCUGGGGCGUGUAUUGUUGGAUGUGUAUUGAUGCAUUCUGGGAAGGUAGAUAGACACCACUGUGGUGAAAAGUUGGAAAUAGUGUUUUGAUUGUGUCAAAAAGGUUGUUUCUUUAUAAUACAUAUAAAAUGUAUUUCAUCUUCCAUUGCAUCCCUCACACAGUAUUUACACAACCUAUCUUUAACUGACAACUUUUUUUAUAACAUUACCAUUUUCUAUUGUUAGAUACCCCCAAAUCUGUAUAGAACACAAUUCAUGGCAUAGGUGAAAGUGUACUAGUAUCAUACUUGGAGUUCAUGGUGCAACAUUGCAUUAAAAGAUUAUAUGAUUAUGGUCCAACCCAUGAGUCUUGGUCUGUUCAUCUCAAGGAUGAUAUGGUUGCAAGAAAGACUGGCAAGCAAGAAUGAUAGCAGGAAUAGAUAUAGCAACUUGGCAUCAAGUCUGAUAUAGUAUAGAUCUUCAUUGGCGAAGGAUGUUUCUGCAGAAAAUCAUACUCAAUGGUCAAGAUGAAAAAAAAAACCUUGGGAAGGUUAAAAAUAACCAAAACAACACACCUCUGAUAGGUAACUAAUCUCAAAGCAGAUUUUAUUGGAGGAAUGGAGGUAUAAGACAAAAUCCAAAGAUAUCUACCAUGGAUUUGCAUUACAUGUAUAACCUGAACAACCUAACAAUGUUCAAUCAUGUGGCGAGGAUUGUGCAACUACAGCCGCAUGGCGCGUUUGAUACCCCCGAUCAAUCACGGAAGUUAAGCAACGCGCAGUCCGGUCAGUUCUUGGAUGGGGGAUGAACAAAGGACAAACGGGGAUUCUGUGCUCGAGGAGGCGCUUCUACCACAUUAAUCAGCCUCAAUACUCAACAUGGCACUGGCUGCAAAUACACUUGAUAUCAUAUUAAUAUUACCCUUGUUUCCAGCUGGCUGUGCCCCGUCAGACUCCAUAGACUACAGUCGCAUAAAUUAUGGAAAUGUUGCCUCUAUGCCAUAUAGGCAACAUUUCCAUAAUUUAUGCGACUAUAGAACUACUAUCAAGCAGCAUUGCGAACCCAAGAGGGAAAUAAAAUGCAAUCAAACGUGACAAUUUACAGCGAUCUGAGGGGAAACAAGGUGUGUUUGGCUAUGUCACCUAUGGUAGAUUUGCAUAAUCAAUUGUAGCCUUUAUAAUACUGUGAAAUCAAAUCUUGGACCAGUCUGUAAGCAGACCCCUAAGUCAGAGUCUAGAGCCCAAAUCCAGUCCCAAAGUCUAAAAUUGCAGUUUCAUCUUACAGUACCCCUAAUCCAGUACCCCUAAAGUCCAAGCGUCCAGUCCAAUGCAGCCACCUAAGUAAAGUCAAACAAUUGAGAGAGUCCAAGUCCAACUUGCCAGACCCCUAAGGUCCAAAGAGUCCAGUCCUACCUUAGUACACCCUAGGGUCCAAGCGUCCAGUCCAAAUGUAGCACCAUAUGUCAAACAUUUAACAGUUGAGAGUCCAAGUCCAGCUUGCCAGACCCCUAAAGUCCAAAGAGUCAAGUCCUAACUUAGUACCCCUAGAGUCCAUGUGUCCAGUCCAAAUUAUGUGCUUGCCAGACCCCCACAGUGUGCCAGACCCCUAAAGUCCAAGAGUCCAAGAGAACCUUAAGUACCCCUAGAGUCCAAGAGUCCAGUCCUAUCUAUCAAUAUUACCCCUAGAGUCCAAGUGUCCAGUCCAAGCUAAUGUACCCCCUAGAGUCCAAGCGUCCAGUCCAAUGUCGUCAACCCCCUCUCCACAGUUAUUUUUUGGAAUAGC